UUCCACGAUUCGGCUUUCGGUUAUGGAUAUGUGUUGUUACUUACUUCAGCCAUAGUGCCAUAGUGCUCCAGUGGGUCUUGCUUGCUUAAUUCGAAAAUGAGGAGGAACUCAGAUGAGAAUAUUUCUAAUGAUUCAAACAAACACAUACCAUUUCUUAAGCUCAUUGAUUCUUCUCUUAGAAUCACAGUCAUUCCUCUCAGUAUUGUAACGAUAUGGCUAACCGUGACAGACCACCAAGAUAACACUCUUUACGGAAAUCUUAAGUUCACCAAUCUUACUGGUCUCAAGUACAUGGUUUUUAUCAGCUUCGUUUCAGCAGUGUAUGCUGUUGUUGCUGCUGUGUCUUCAUGGGUCAGAUCCUUAGCUUCCAAAGCUUGGUUAUUCUUUGUCUCUGACCAGAUUGCAGCAUACCUAAUGGUCACAUCCGGGGCUGCUGUUCUCGAAAUAGUAUAUCUAUCUUACAACGGGGAUAAAGAAGUGUCAUGGAGUGAGGCCUGUAAUUCAUAUGGAAGAUUUUGCCAUAGAUUAAAGUUGGCCUUGGUUUUACAUGCCAUAGCUCUUUGCUGCUUCCUUGUUUUGGCUCUCAUUUCCGCUUACAGGGCUUUUCGCAUGUUUGAGCCCCCUUCUCUUCCUAAUAAGGAAAUGGAAGAACCAAGAUCUUGAAUGCUUAUAAAGGGGUUUCUUUAUCAGCUGUAACUUCAAGGUCUUUGUAUUUUAUUAUCUUAUUUCCCUUCCAAGUUAGUUUGUUCUGAUGGGUUUACGAUGUUAGAAACCGAAUUAGUGGGCAAUCAUAAAAUGAUCUUUUUCGGUUAGCAAAGGCUGUACGUGAAGCUGCAUUUAAGACGCAAAACCCCCAUGAGUUAUAAAUUUCUUCCUUGCCUUGUAUUUAUUGAGCCCUAUAAAUAUUAAAUAUAUAUAGACUGUUUAGUUAAA